CAGAAAAAACCCCAAACCAAAUUCACACACCCAGCCGCCGAAUAUUAUAACCUCACUUACACUUUCUUUUUUGGAAAAAAAGUUAUUUUCUUGCAACUUCAACUUUCGAUUAUUGUGAAAAAUGACUUUUUAGAGAAACAAAAGAAAUGGUAGUGAAGAAUAAAGUGCAAAGUGUUGUAGUUUCUUGGUGGAGAAAGAAUGCAUUGUUGUUAUCUACUUCAAGGACUUUGAAUACCUUUGCAACCGGUUUCGAUAAUCGGAUUCUCAAGUCUCCUCCUCUUGUUUCCCUGGAUGACUUCCCUGAUGACGUGUGGACUUCUAGUUCUACAAAUUUCUAUGAGCCCUUGACCUACAAACUCGCUAGUGACCAUACUGCAAAAGUAAUUGAUGGAAAGCAAAUUGCUGAGGAAAUUAUAUCAGAAGUGGCUGUUCAAGUAAGAAGUAUGAAGAAAACAAUCGAUGAAGUUCCUGGACUCGCUGUGAUAUUGGUAGGUGAGAGGAAAGAUUCCCAAAUAUAUGUUCGUAACAAGAUGAAAGCAUGUGAGGAUGCUGGAAUGAGGUUUUCGUUGACUGAAUUUCCAGAAAGUUGUACAGAAGAUGAAGUUUGUGACGUCAUAAUGAGUUAUAAUGUGGAUCCAUCUUUUCAUGGUAUCCUCGUGCAGCUUCCUCUUCCUCAGCAUCUAAAUGAAGAGAAGAUAUUGGAUUUACUGAAGCUGGAAAAGGAUGUUGAUGGUUUUCACCCGAUGAACAUGGGAAACCUAGCUAUGAGGGGAAGGGAACCGUUGUUCAUCCCCUGCACCCCAAAGGGUUGUGUUGAGUUAUUAAUCAGAUCUGGUGUGGAGAUAAUGGGUAAGAAAGCUGUUGUAAUCGGGAGAAGCAACAUUGUCGGUCUACCAGCAUCCUUGUUGUUACAACGGCACCAUGCAACGGUUAGCAUUGUUGAUGCAUCAACGCCUAACCCUGAAGAAGUCACACGUGAAGCUGAUAUAUUGGUGAGUGCAGCAGGAGUCCCUAAUCUGGUUCGCGGAAGUUGGCUGAAGCCUGGGGCUGUUGUUGUCGAUGUUGGAACUCAUCCUGUUGAGGACCCUUGUAGUGAACAAGGUUAUCGGCUGUUAGGAGAUGUAUGCUUUGAGGAAGCAUUAAAGGUAGUUUCAUCAAUCACUCCUGUUCCGGGAGGAGUUGGGCCUAUGACAGUUGCUAUGUUGCUUUACAACACACUUGAAUCAGCCAGUCGUAAAUACAAUAUUCUGUGACAAGUUGAUGUGUUAAUGAUUAGGUUAUGUCGAUAGAUUUCUGCAAAUGUAUAUUCCAUAUAAGCACUUAGUGAACAUCUUUUUACAGUUAUGUUAGCUUUGCUUCACCAUGUUUAAUUCUUGUAGACAAUCAUCUCAACAAUCUACUUGUAGAAUUCAUUAAUUUUCCUUAUAUUGAUAUUCUUUUUCGUUA